AUGCGGAUCGCCAAGGAGAUGGGCGCGUCAUGCUUGCGCUGCUUUGGCGACUCCGACCUAGUCGCCAGCCAAACCUCCGGGACCUGCGACACCACCGACGCCAACAUGAUCGCCUACAAACGGGAGGUCGAUCAGGCCGGCGCCAGUUUCGCCGGGUACGUCGUCGAGUGGGUCGACAGGCGAAAGAACGAGGAGGCCGACGCGCUCUCCAGGCUCGGCUCGAAGCGGCAACCCCCUCCGCCGGGCGUCUUCCUUGAUAUUCUCACUCGCCCAUCGGUACGGUCGCCCCGCGAGGUCGACAUCGCCGAGCCGCCAGCACCCGACUCCGUGCUAGUCGCAGUCGCCUCUGACGCCGGGGACAGGACGGAGCCCUACAUGAACUACCUCGAGAGACAGGUACUGCCCAUGGACGAAGCGGAGGCACGCAUGAUCGUACGCCGAUGCAAGUCCUUCACCAUCAUCAAUCAGGAGCUGUACAAGCGCAGUGUCUCCGGAAUCUUCCAGCGGUGCGUCACUACAGAGGAAGGUCGCAAAAUCCUACGCGACAAACAUGCAGGCGACUACGGCUAUCACGCAGGGGCCCGCUCGAUAGUUGCCACAGCCUUCCGGCAUGGCUUCUACUGGCCAACCUCACACGCCGACGCAGUCGAACUCGUCCGCGCGUGCGUUGGCCCCGGCGGCUACACCCACCUCCUCGUCGCCGUCGACAAGUUCACGAAGUGGGUGGAAGCAAAACCAAUAAAGAAGUGCGACGGCAAAACGGCGACGAAGUUCCUGCGGGAACUAAUAUACCGCUACGGCUACCCGCACAGCAUCAUCACCGACAACGGCACGAAUUUUGCCAAAGGAGAAAUGGCCGACAUCUGCGAACAAAAUGGGAUCCGACUCGACCUCACCUCAGUCGUGCAUCCCGAGUCGAACAGGCAAGCAGAAAGAGCCAACUAG